AUGGCUACUAUUGAGCAUUUUGACAAUAUCUACUUGGAUUUGUCCAAGGAGAGCGGAAAGUCGAGAUUCGCGGAAAACGGCUUGGGCUGGAAACCGGCUGGUGGCGGCGAUGCGUUCACUCUCGACUCGAGCAACAUCGGCGGUGCUCAGUGGAGCAGAGCGGCGAGGGGAUAUGAGGUCAAAAUUCUUUUGCGAAGCUCCGGCGUAGUCCAGCUCGACGGUUUUCACCAAGAAGAUUACGAGCGGCUUAGCAAGAUCUUCAAGCACUGGUACAGCAUCAACCUCGAGAACAAGGAACACUCCUUAAGAGGAUGGAACUGGGGCAAGGCCGAGUUUAGCAAAGCCGAGCUUACCUUCAACGUCCAAAACCGACCGGCCUUCGAAAUCCCUUACUCCGAAAUUUCCAACACGAACCUUGCCGGAAGAAACGAAAUCGCAGUCGAGUUCGCCAACGAUGGCGGCAAGUCGAACGGUCACAACGGAACAGGUGGAAAGGGCAAGAAGGCCACGGCCGGCAAGGAUCAGCUGGUCGAGGUGCGCUUCUACAUCCCUGGAACAACAACACGAAAGGAGGCCGAGGGCGGUGAGGCUGGUAGCGACGCCGACGAAGAAGAGAAGAACGCCGUGACUCUAUUCUACGACACCCUUAUUGAGAAGGCCGAGAUUGGGGAGACGGCGGGUGACACCAUUGCCACGUUCCUCGAUGUGCUACAUCUCACUCCCAGAGGACGUUUCGACAUCGAUAUGUACGACGCUUCGUUCCGCCUCCGCGGCAAGACAUACGACUACAAGAUCCAGUACGAUCAUAUCAAGAAGUUCAUGGUCCUCCCCAAGCCGGACGAGGUCCACUUCUUGCUUUGCAUUGGUCUGGACCCGCCCCUUCGCCAAGGUCAAACCCGUUACCCAUUCGUGGUCAUGCAGUUCAAGGCCGACGAAGAGGUUACUCUUGAUUUGAACAUCACAGAGGAGGAGCUCAACGGGAAGUACAAGGACAAGCUUCAGAGCCACUACGAGCAACCACUUCAUCAAGUUGUGGCCUACAUUUUCAAGGGACUUGCAAACAAGAAAGUCACCACCCCUGCCAAGGACUUUACAACGCACCGUCAGCAGUACGGCAUCAAGUGCUCUAUCAAAGCCAGUGAAGGAUUCCUUUACUGCUUGGAGAAGGCGUUCAUGUUUGUCCCCAAACCGGCAACAUACAUCUCUUACGAACAGACACAGUCCAUUACGUUUUCACGCGUGGGCGGUGCGGUCUCGGCACUGUCGACGUUCGACAUUACAGUCCACAUGAAAAACGGCGCGGGCUCAUCCCAAUUCAGCAACAUUAAUCGUGAAGACUUGAAGGCGCUCGAGGAAUUUUUCAAGCUCAAGGGACUGCGCGUCAAGAACGAAAUCGAUGAUGACACCAACCUUAUCGCCGCUACCUUGGGCGAUGACGACAUGGCCAGCUCCGACGAAGAGGCCGUCGGCCCCAAGGCUGACCGUGGCUCCGCUGACGAGGACGAGGAGAGCGUGGAUGAGGAUUUCCAGGCUGAGUCCGAAAGUGAUGUGGCGGAGGAGUAUGACAGCAACCACGAAAGUGAUGGAUCGGGCAGUGAGGAGAGCGACGUUGAUAAUCAGGUCGAUGACAAGGAUGAGGACAGGAACGAUGAUGACGAGGGAGAGAAGCGUCCCAAGAAGAAGAAGAAGACGGCUUAG